AUGUGCGAUGACGACGUUGCAGCACUUGUAGUCGACAAUGGCUCUGGUAUGUGUAAGGCUGGAUUCGCCGGAGAUGAUGCUCCACGGGCGGUGUUUCCUUCAAUUGUUGGUCGCCCACGACAUCAGGGUGUUAUGGUAGGUAUGGGCCAGAAAGAUUCAUACGUUGGAGAUGAAGCACAGUCGAAGAGAGGUAUCCUAACGCUGAAAUAUCCGAUUGAACAUGGUAUUGUCACGAACUGGGAUGACAUGGAAAAGAUCUGGCAUCAUACUUUCUACAACGAAUUGCGUGUUGCACCAGAAGAACACCCUGUUUUGUUGACCGAGGCUCCUCUCAACCCUAAGGCCAAUAGGGAGAAAAUGACGCAGAGAGUAAGUACUGCCCUAGCGCUUAGUAUCUCUCUUGCCGUAGAGUCCAAUCUUGUUUUCGGGCGCUUUCAAAAAUAUUUGAAUGUCAUCGGUUUGUUUGCUUACUGUUAUCAAUAUUUUGGCGUGGUCGGAGUUAUUCAUAAGUUGAUUAUGUUUGAGACGUUCAAUACACCAGCUAUGUACGUAGCUAUCCAAGCAGUACUGUCGUUGUACGCAUCUGGACGUACCACUGGUAUUGUAUUGGAUACUGGCGAUGGCGUCACUCACACUGUACCAAUCUAUGAGGGAUAUGCUUUACCGCACGCUAUUCUUCGUUUGGAUUUGGCUGGCCGUGACCUCACCGAUUACAUGAUGAAAAUUCUCACAGAGAGGGGAUAUUCUUUUACGACCACAGCCGAAAGAGAAAUCGUUAGAGAUAUCAAGGAAAAACUUUGCUACGUGGCUUUGGACUUCGAGCAGGAAAUGGCCACUGCUGCCUCGUCUUCAUCGCUUGAGAAGAGCUAUGAACUUCCCGAUGGACAGGUUAUCACGAUUGGUAAUGAACGAUUCCGCUGCCCGGAAGCAUUGUUCCAACCGUCUUUCUUGGGAAUGGAGUCUACUGGAAUUCAUGAGACCACAUACAACUCCAUCAUGAAGUGCGAUGUUGACAUUCGAAAG